UAUUUUGUUGGAGUGUUUCUUAUAAAGAUGCUUUAUAUAUUUUCAGGGUCUUGCUAUUCAGUUGGCCUACGUGAUAAUCACUUGUGUGUGGAGAACUCCAUGCGGCACCACUGCCCCAUUUGUUAUGAGUUCCUUUUCGACUCGCUGAAAGACACUACUGUAAUGAAAUGUGGUCACACAAUGCACUGUGAAUGUUACAAUGAAAUGAUGAAGCGUGACAAAUACUGUUGUCCAAUAUGCUCCAAGUCAGUGAUUGACAUGUCCAGAACCUGGAAGAGAAUAGAUGAGGAGAUAGAAGCAACAACGAUGCCUGAGGAUUACCGGUUCAAGAAGGUAUGGAUCCUGUGCAAUGAUUGCAACGACACUACCGAAGUUUACUUCCACAUUAUUGGGCAGAAAUGCAACCACUGCAAAUCAUACAACACCCGCACGAUUGCCCCUCCAGUUCUUCCUCAAUGACCAUGGUUCACAAUAUAUCCAGUCUGGUAGGCGCAGUGAAAAGCUUGUACCGUUAAUGAACAACGUAAAUGGGGAUUCGGUUUUUAUCCUCUCAA